AUGUUAGGAAAUUGGUUCUCAAUUGAUGCCAAGGAUCCUAUUGCCUAUGCCAUAGUGGAAAUUCUUGAAGGAGCUAACAUGAAGUCAUCAGACUUAAAUGGGUUGGCCGAUCCAUAUGUGAAGGGACAACUUGGCCCUUACAGAUUUUGGACUAAGACUCAGAAGAAAAAUUUAUCUCCAAAAUGGUAUGAGGACUUCAAGAUCUCUAUCUGUACAUGGGAGUCGCCAAAUGUGCUCAUAAUUGAAGUUCAUGACAAAGAUCAUUUAUUUGACGACCUAUUGGAGCUUAUGCUUUUUAUUUCACAACUAUCUAUGGCAUCUCUUCUCCCUUGUAAGAUAUUAAAUUGUUCUGUAAACAUCAAUGAUGUUAAAGACAUACAAAGGCAUGACAUGUGGUUGUCCCUUGAGAACAUAAAAAUGGGAAGAUUGCAUCUUGCAGUAACUAUGUCCGAAGGCGAUACUAAGGCUAAGGAUCAGAAUAAAGAAAUAAAUGGGUAUGAUAAACUGUCUCUGCAUGUAUCUACACGCUUGUGGGUUGCCAUAUAUGGGUUGCCAUAUAUGAGUUACCAUAUAUUUGUAUUUAUGGUUGAAGAGGGACGGUGUGCAGAAAAUGUAUGUAAUAUAGAAAGUAUUGACAAAGUGCUAAAGGAAAAUUCAGUCACAGAUGAUGCUUCUCAAAGAGGCUCCUGUUACAGAUUAUCUGAGAAAUCUCCCAAAGUUGUGGACAAGUUUGAGCCAAUUGACAUUGAAGGUCAACGAAAGACUGGGAUUUGGAUUCAGCAGCCAGGUAGUGAGGUUGCACAAGUGUGGGAGCCACAGAAGGAGAAGAGUAGGCACCUGGAAACUCAUCACCUUGAUGGACAAGUUCAGGCUGAAGGUGGUGAUCCAGCUGGAUCUCAAGCAUCAACCGCUAGUAGCACUGAUGAAAGUAUGGACAGUAAUAAACCUCAUUCAAUAAAUCCAUUUUGA